AGUCUCUUUCUUGUGCCCCUCGAAUCCCAUUUCUCACUCUCUCUCUCUCUCUCUCUGGAGCUCUCGAGUCUUCUUCCUCUCAGAUUUUCAGAGCUGGGAGAUCUUGGCUGGUGAACUGAACUUGUUGGCUUUGGCUUUAGAUGAAUUAUAUCUUUAUAGAGAUCUGACGCAAAUUCGUCUUGAGCUAUUCGAAAAAUGGAGUUUUUUGAUCGAUUUAGGAUCGGGGUCUUGGUCAUUUGCUUGAUUUUUAAUUUGGGUCAUGGGUUUUACCUCCCCGGUAGUUACCCCCAUAAGUAUGUUGAUGGAGAUUUCUUGAAUGUGAAAGUGAAUUCUCUGACCUCCAUCGAUACCGAAAUGCCCUUCAGUUACUACAGUUUACCCUUCUGUAAGCCUCCAGAGGGUGUUAAGGAUAGUGCUGAAAAUCUCGGUGAGCUUCUCAUGGGAGAUCGGAUUGAGAACUCGCCUUAUCGAUUCAAGAUGUACAACAACGAAUCGGAUAUCUUUCUCUGCAAAUCUGAACCAUUGUCACCUGAUCACUUCAAGAUCUUGACGAAGAGGAUCGAUGAGAUGUACCAGGUUAACUUGAUCCUUGAUAACUUGCCAGCCAUUCGGUACACCCAGAAAGAAAGUUACACCCUGCGGUGGACUGGUUACCCUGUUGGAGUUAAGGUCAAGGACUCUUACUAUAUCUUUAACCAUUUGAAGUUUAAGGUUCUUGUUCAUGAGUAUGAGGAUGCCAAUAUGGCACGUGUGAUGGGCACUGGUGAUGCAGCAGAGGUCAUCCCAACGAUAGCGAAAGGAUCUGAAGUGCCUGGGUACAUGGUUGUAGGAUUUGAGGUCAUUCCUUGCAGUAUUAUGCAUAAUGCCGACUCAGUGAAGAACGUGAAGAUCUAUGAAAAAUACCCAUCUCCCAUAAAAUGUGAUCCAACCUCUGUGUCUGUUCCGAUUAAGGAAGGGCAGCCAAUUGUUUUCACCUAUGAGGUUGAAUUUGAGAAGAGUGACAUAAAGUGGCCUUCACGUUGGGAUGCAUAUUUGAAGAUGGAGGGAUCCAAGGUUCAUUGGUUCUCCAUUCUCAAUUCCCUGAUGGUGAUCACUUUCCUUGCUGGUAUUGUUCUUGUAAUCCUUUUGAGGACUGUUCGACGUGAUCUUACCCGUUACGAGGAGCUCGACAAGGAGGCUCAAGCUCAAAUGAACGAGGAGUUGUCUGGUUGGAAGCUUGUUGUAGGGGAUGUUUUCCGUGCCCCAAGUCAUCCAUCCCUCCUGUGUAUAAUGGUUGGUGAUGGAGUUCAGAUUCUUGGGAUGGCAGUGGUCACCAUUUUGUUUGCUGCUCUUGGAUUCAUGUCGCCGGCUUCUCGAGGGACACUUAUUACAGGUAUGCUAUUUUUCUAUAUGAUUCUUGGAAUUGUAGCUGGAUAUGUUGCAGUUCGCCUGUGGAGGACAAUUGGCUGUGGAGAUUCCAAGGGAUGGGUUUCAGUUUCAUGGAGAGCUGCAUGUUUCUUCCCUGGAAUCGCCUUCUUGAUUCUGACCACUCUGAAUUUCCUGUUAUGGGGUAGUCACAGCACAGGAGCCAUUCCAUUUUCUCUGUUUGUCAUUCUGCUUUUGCUCUGGUUCUGCAUUUCGGUUCCCCUUACCCUUGUUGGUGGGUACUUUGGAGCCAAGGCUCCUCAUAUCGAGUUCCCAGUUAGAACCAAUCAAAUUCCUAGGGAAAUCCCACCACAAAAAUACCCAUCUUGGCUGUUAGUUCUUGGUGCUGGCACACUUCCCUUUGGCACCCUCUUCAUUGAGCUCUUUUUCAUCAUGUCUAGCAUUUGGAUGGGUCGUGUCUACUACGUUUUCGGGUUUCUCUUCAUUGUUAUGAUCCUUCUUGUCGUUGUUUGUGCUGAGGUAUCUCUUGUUCUGACCUAUAUGCAUCUCUGUGUGGAGGACUGGAAAUGGUGGUGGAAGUCCUUCUUUGCCUCUGGUUCAGUUGCCAUUUACAUUUUCUUGUACUCAGUAAACUACCUUAUCUUUGAUCUGAAGAGUUUGAGUGGACCUGUGUCUGCCACUCUCUACUUGGGAUACUCACUCUUCAUGGUUCUAGCAAUCAUGCUCGCAACCGGCACAGUUGGGUUCCUUUCUUCAUUCUGGUUCGUGCACUACUUGUUCUCUUCAGUGAAGCUUGACUGAAGAAUGUUUCCAGCAAAGAUUGGGAAUCGAGAAAGCAAGAAAAAGCAAGGAAAUUUACAGGAGUUGUUCUACUAUGUGUUACUUCAUUUUUAAAUUUGGUAGGGAACUUAGUCAAAUGUAAUAACUAAUAACAAUGAUUCGUCCAGUUUUGUUAUUAUUCUUUAAUAGAUGAACCUCAUGGCAUAUUAUAGAUAUGAUAUUGGAGUUAUUUGCA